CCUCUCAGACGUGGUGUUGGUGGACAUUUUUGAAUUUACUUCAUUUAUUUCUUUUUUCGUCUCAUCCUCCAGGCGCAUGUGUGCUGCCCAAGUGCGUGUCGGGGUGGUGGUGGAGAAGAUGCCAGUUGUUGGCACAAGUUUGGCAUGUGACAUGGCAUUGGUGAUGGCAGCCUGGUUUAGGUUAAUAAUUGGUGCUUGUAAUUAAGGAGAGGGGCGGGGCGAUUUUUUGGAGGUGUCGUGUGGUCGUCCGGUGCGUUUUCUGGAGGCUGUCAGCUCAGAUUUGGUUUUUGGUUUUUUUGUCUUUCCUUGAAGGGAGAUUUACGGCCCCUUCUGUGCUCCAUGCUGUGGACCGGUUGGGGAGGGAGGCGGUGGUGACGACUGGCAGUGCGCACAGCAGAGAGAGACUGACUUUCAAGGGGCAGUCAGAGUCUGCAGGCAGGAAAUAGCCAUUCAACAGAGCAGAAAUCCAUAGACGGCGAUUUAUAAAGUUGUAGUUAUCACAAAGCAAUAAGGGGGAGUGUCGCUGGAGGAGCACAACACGCCUGAAUUUCUAUUUCAGGGGCCGCUGGACCAGGCUUUAGCGCAUGUAGAGAGGAGGAGGGAGGAGGAGGAGGGAGGGAGGGAGGUGGAGGGGGGAGUGAGUGAGUGAGUACGUUUCACAGGAUCCAGGCCUAGUAGUAUUGCCGCUGGGACUCUCCUCAUCCGCUUUCAAAAAAUUGGAAAUUGGCACAUUUAAACGCCAAAAUGAACGGGUUGAGGGUCAUGUUUGCGGUGGCCGACACCGGAAUGGGAGGAACCAUGCCAGCAUGAGUGGGCCUUACGCAGGCCCUGGCAGGGAGACUCAUCAGUCCAGCUGCCCUUUGACCCCCGGCCGUGACCUCUCCGCCCACUCCUGCUCCUCCAGACACCAUGGCCACAGGAUCGGCCUUACCAUGUCUGCUGCCGCCUCCUCCCUCAAGCAUGCAUCCGUCUAUGGGUUCACACAAAGGGACCACUCCUCCUCCUCCUCCUCCUCUUCUUCUUCUUCCUCCUCCUCUUCUUCUUCCUCCUCCUACAGUCCCCUAAGGAGGUUGCAGCAUCUCACCACCAUGGUGAGCCAGCCUGACCUGGUCCUGCCGGUGAGGGAACCAGAGAGGAGCUGGGAGUGGGGGAUGAAUAAGAAGGAGAGGGGGAAGGAGAUGGAGAGGGACUCCUGGGCUCAUUGCACUAGCAGUGAUUAUUCUGGCAAACAGAAUACAAGCAGGGGGGAGAGCUUUGGUAACUCUUCUGCUGGACAAAAACAACCCGUGGUCCAAGCUAGAAGUAGAGACGUACCGUCAGCCAAUCGGAGCGAUCCCGGCGUGUCAGAGAAAAAGGCAGAAGGUUGUUUCUCAGGCCCGCCUAGCCCAGCCUUCUCUCUCGAUAGCAACAGCCCCUUCGCUAAUGGUUUCCUCCACUUUGAAUCCUCUUUGUUUGAGGAUGACGACAACGAUGAAGAGCGAGUGGCCGUGCCAACUAAGGGAGGCCUGCAGGACAAAAAUGAGAGGGCGGGGAACGUUCGUCAGUCCACUCCUGUAGACUUGAAUUCGGACUCCAAGGAUGCUACCCUGACGUCGGCCAAGGUCGUCACCCGGUCCCAGUCCUCAGGUCAGCGCAGGAGAUACUGGGACGGCUCGGAUGACGAGUGGGAGAGCGACACCGAGCUGUUCCUGCUUGGGGAUAGUCCCUCAAGGCAUUCAAUGCAGAACAGCCUCAAGAAAAAGUCUUUGCCGCCUGUGAAGUUUUUAGAGGGUGAAGUUAUUUGGGCAAAGUUCAACCGAAGACCCUGGUGGCCCUGUGAGGUGAUCGUUGACCCCUUACAGGGAAUCUGUCACAGAGUGAAAGAGCCCAAUGACCGGCCCUGUCGGCUCUACCAUGUCAGGACCUUUGGGGAGCCCGUGGAGCUAACCUGGGUGGAGGAAAAAGCAACUCAUACUUUCCAUGGAGGUUUUGAAUUUGAACAGCUCCCCCUACUGCGCCGGAGGGGGAAGCAAAGGGAGCAGAACUACAAAUACACUAUUGCAAAGCGUUUUCAGGAGUCUUGGAAAUCCAGUGUAGCAGAAGCAGAAUCUGUUCUCCCAGAGAGACCCAAAAUGGCUUCCUCCAUUCCUUCGUCCAUAGAUGAUGCCUUCCACCACAGUUCCACUCCAGAGAGAGUGAAUAAGGCCCAUCCAACCUUUCCUCCCUCUACUUUACCCACCCUUCCUGAGACAUCGCACAUGACCAAUGGAUCCACUUCAUCCCCAGUAAUUUCAUCCCCAAUAACAACUCCAGCAAAGCCGAGCACUUUAAGGAAAUAUUCUGGCAAGAAGAAACCAAGUAAAUCUUCGAAGGACACGAUUAGUAAACACUCUAAAAAGACAUUGCGUAAUAGCCCUGACCAAUCAGAUAGAGACAAUGGAGAGUGCCCAUAUUCUGACCUUGACUCAGUCCCUAAGAUUUUGUGUCCUAAAGCACUUGAACGUCAGCCUAAGCUAGUUCAGACUCAGCCAUCUGUUGCAGUUGUCAAAGAGGCGAAGAAGCAGCCAGAGAUUCAGAGUGGUCUUUGGUUCAGUAAAUCAGGCAAAGACAGACGACCUAAAACAACCAGUCCGUUGCCAGACCGCACUCUCUUUAGUAAGGUUCCCUGUAAGAAGAAGAACUCAUCUGUAGUAAGUAAAAAGACACUGGUUCCUAGUGCCUCCUCCUCCAGUGGUGGGCCCACUGACCAGUCAGGGUUGUCAGACAAGCAUAAGCCUCUGGUACCUGCUGAAACAAAUCUGCCACCUGAACAGUCAGGACAUUUGAAGUGUAAAAACACCAUGGUUGCUAAUAGGCCUUUUGGUACAACUGGCAGUCCCGCUGACGAGUCAGGAUUGUCAGACAAGCAGAAGUCCUUGGUCUCUGUUGAGACUGGUGUGCCCUCUGAGAAAUGUGGAUAUUCAAAGGGUAGACAGACAGUCAGUAAUACAACUGACACUGUUACUGGCAGGCUGUCUGACAAAUUAGGUAGCUCAGAUGUUAAAAAGGCCUUAGAGUCCAGCAUGACAGUCAGUUUCAAUGACGAAUCCAGGUUUUCAGAGAGUGUAAAGAGUGUCAGUCGAACUGAACACUCUGACGUGAUUGCUAAUAAAAAGGUGUAUGUAAUUGACAGGAUUUCUGACCAAGCAGAGGAAAAAGAAAGUAACAAGACUCCGGCAUCCAGUUUAAAUGUUGACACUACUGACCCAUUAACAAGGCUAGAAAAGCAAACAAGUCUGGUCUCUAAGUGUAGACAGCCCUUUGUCAAAUUAAUACGCAAGGACAUAAAGGGUAAGAAGUUCCUAAACUCCAGUAUAACCAUUAGUCCUACUGACCAACCUGAAUGUACAAAGAAUGAAAAAACACCAGAUAGUAAUGUGACUAAAAUGUCCUCUAAACAAUCAGAUCGGGUGGACGGCAAGGCAAGUGUCACCAUAGAUCAGGCAGUCAGUUCAGAAUCCAUUAAGGUCUCAGUUAAGAAAUUAAAAGCAAGUGGUGGGACUGGUAUUCUUCGUCUCUCGUCAGAAUCAUCACAAGGGAAAACUAUCGUUGCCUCCAAUGUGGCAAGCGGGUCUGAUGAGUUAGGUAGCCCAGAAGCGGAAAGGAUACCAGUUUUAAAUGUAAGCCCAAACAAUGGGACUUUCUCAUCCUCUAACCAAUCAGAUCUAUCGGAAGGAAAGAAGACUCCUGCCUCCAAUGUAACAAGCAUGUCCUCUGACCAGUUAGGUGGCUCAGAGCAAAAAACUACAUCUGUCACUAGUACAGUUUUUAAUUCAACUCCUCUGCCUUCUCACCGGCACAGGAAUUCAGUAUGUAGGAACGCUCAUGUGCCCGAAGGCCUGUCUUCUAAGAAAUCCAAGAAAGUUGUCCACAAACCAAAGCAGGUUCCAGAUAAAGUGAAUAAAGUCCUACUACAUGAGCAGCCUGCCCACCUCCCAGCCAGCAGUCGGCUGAUGACCAGAGCCCUGAAAGCCAUGCAGGAGGCGGAGCAGAAGAAGCGUGAAAAAGCCCGAAAGGAGGCUGAGCAGAAAGAACUCUUGAAUCCAUACAGAAAACCUGAGGACCUUGUGUUCCACUCUGCGCGUAACUCCCGUUGGAAUCCUGAGGCCAAACUGGACUUUUGCACUAAAGUAAAAUCUCUUAAAUCGCAUUGUAAUGAAAAUGGUGAGUAUGAUCAGGACACUUUUUCUAGCAGUAGCACUCCCCCUUUAAUGCUUUCUGAUUCAGUUGACUUUGAAGCUGAUGUCAAGAGUGAAGAUGAAGACCUCUCAAUAUCCUCAACUCCACCAAUGGACUUCAUACCCCUUACUUCUAGGGUAAAGGCAAAGAAAGAAGACCAUUCCUCUGACAUAUGCUCCUCAUCCUCACCUUCCUCACCAUUUUCUUUUAUGAAUGCCUUUAAAAACGUUGAGGAGGUAUCCUUCCAGUCCCUGACAAAUGAGGGCGAUGGUAAACCCAUCUCUUUCAAACCAGACACAAACUACAAGUUCAGCACUUUUCUCAUGAUGCUGAAGGACUUGCAUGACACUAGAGAGCGAGACGGGACACCCUUAGAACUGGAGAUUGGGCCACCGAGUGCACAUGUCAAGGAGGAACCCUUAGUGAUGCCUGGGGAGGCUACAGCCACAGGCCAAGAUCAACAAAUUGAACAAAUUAAUAACAAUUCAAAUUCAAGUCCAGAAAAAAUCAAAAUCACACACAAUGAAGACAGCACAAGUCAGACGUCCAAGAGGCCCUAUAACAGAAGGGGCAGCUCCACUGGGGUGAAAAAGAAAGCCAACCGCAAAGUGCCUUGUCGUCCUGCCAGGUCUGGACCUGGUUUCCCAGGACUGGAGUCCUUGCCAGCAAUGGACUCUUCAUCAGGAGUGGAUUGCUCAUCAAGAGUCCAGUCCCUGUUGGGCGUACAGACCAGCAACUGGGAGUGGCAGGCUGGAGGUGAUAAAGGAGUGGCUGGGGAGGAGGAGGAGAGGUGGAGCAGAGUUAAUGAGAAUCUACAGAACAUGGUGCCUUUGGAGCAGACGGGGUGCAACACUACGCUGUGUCUGGAACAUCCAAAUGGCCUUGUUGCAGACUGCACUGAGACUAACACAAGCUUGAUGCGCAAUGCUGGAGAAGGUGACAAGGCUCCAACAGCACAUAAACGAAUUAGAAAACCAAGCAAGAGGCUGAUUGAAUGGACUGAAGAGUAUGAUCAGAUUUUCUCCACGAGGAAGAAAACCAAAAAGCCUCUCCAGUUGAUUGGAAAGGCCACUCAGCCCAUUACCUCCAUGUCUGAACCCCCGGGAUCGGACAAAGACGCACAUGACCACCCACCCUUGAACUUACUUCCUGAAAUACAGACACCACCGCCUGAGGAAGUUGCUGCAACAACGCCCUCUGAACUACAAAUUCCCAACACUGAAAACACAUCUCCCCAAGAUGCACCGGUGCUUUCAAUCGACACACUAACCCCUCCUCCUGAAGCUGACCCUUCACUGUCAGAAGUCCUCGUCAAAGACACCCGAAACGCUCCUGUGCUGGGGAAGAAGCGGAAGAGGAAACCCACUCAGAAGAUCCUGGAGUACUGUCUGGAGGCAGAGGCCUCAGCUGGCCCCAAGAAGAAGGUCAAAACACUGAAGAACAAUUCAAAUCCUGCUCCUCAAUCAGAUUCUGGGCCACCAUCUUUAAAAUCAAAGAGUAAGCAGCUCAGAGCAUCCAGCUCCACACCGACAACCACAGAGAUUUCCACCUGUACGCCCACGCCCUCCGUUCAGACGGAUCCCCCUCCCAGCACUCCUGCACCCUCCUCUCCAUCGCCGGCCCCACCCGAACCCGCCCAGGUGGAGACUUCAUCAGCAGACGUCGAGGCUCCUCAAACAGAGGACAAUAAGGCUCAAGAAGUCAAAAAGGACACAGCAGAGUCAGAGGGUGACCCGUCCAGCUUGGAUCACAGCUUCUCCUCCAUGAAGGAUGACUUGUCGCUGUGUGACGACCCACUUUUACCCUCGAGGAAGAUCAUCGGGGACAGAGGAGGCCCUGCCUCCAUGAAGGAGAACAUAUGUCAGGUGUGUGAGAAGACGGGGGAGCUGCUGCUCUGUGAGGGUCAGUGCUGUGGAGCCUUCCACCUGCCCUGCAUCUCUCUGGCCGAGGCCCCUAAAGGGAAGUUUGUCUGUCCGGAGUGCAAAUCAGGCAUCCACACCUGCUUUGUAUGUAAGAAGCGCAGUGAGGAUGUGCGGCGCUGUAUGAUUCCUGUGUGUGGGAAGUUUUACCACGGGGAGUGUAUCGCCAACUUCGCCCCGACCGCACCUGUAAACCGAGGCUUCCGCUGCUCGAUCCACGUCUGUCUCACCUGCUUCAUCACCAAUCCCAACAGCUCAUCCAUCUCUAAAGGUCGUCUGGUACGGUGUGUGCGCUGCCCGGUAGCCUAUCAUGCUACAGACCUCUGCAUGGCAGCAGGCUGCGUUGUCCUGUCCAACAACAGCAUCAUCUGUCCCAACCACUUCACCCCCCGCCGCGGCGUCAAGAACCACGAACACGUCAACGUCAGCUGGUGCUUCGUCUGCACUGAAGGGGGCAGUCUGCUGUGCUGUGAGUCCUGUCCUGCUGCGUUCCACCGGGAGUGUCUGAACAUGGAAAUGCCUAAAGGCAGCUGGUACUGCAACGACUGCAAGGCUGGGAAGAAACCUCGCUUCAAGGACAUCCUCUGGGUGAAGGUUGGGCGGUACAGGUGGUGGCCAGCAGAGGUCAGCCAUCCCAAAACGAUCCCAGAGAACAUCCAGCGGAUGAGGCACGAUGUCGGGGAGUUUCCUGUUCACUUCUUUGGCUCCAACGACUACCUGUGGACCUACCAGGCCAGGGUCUUCCCUUAUAUGGAUGUGGACGCCAACAGCAAAGAAAAGAUGGGGAAAGGCGUUGAUGCCACCUACAAGAAAGCUUUGGAGGAGGCGGCUGUGCGAUUUCGUGAGCUGCAGGCAGAGAAGGAGCUUCGGCAGCUUCAAGAGGACAGGAAGAACGACAGGAAGCCUCCUCCAUACAAACAUAUUAAGGUGAAUCGACCAAUAGGAAAGGUUCAGAUCUUUACGGCCGACCUAUCAGAGAUUCCACGCUGUAACUGUAAGGCGACAGAUGAGAGCCCGUGUGGGAUGGACUCAGAGUGCAUCAACCGCAUGCUGCUGUACGAAUGCCACCCACAGGUUUGCCCGGCAGGUGACCGGUGCCUCAACCAGGCGUUUACCAAGCGUCAGUACAGCCAGGUGGAGAUCUUCAGGACGCUGUCUCGAGGCUGGGGGCUCCGCUGUGUCCACGACAUCAAGAAGGGUCAGUUUGUGAGUGAGUACGUCGGGGAGGUGAUUGACGAGGAGGAGUGCAGGUCCAGGAUCAGACACGCCCAGGAGAACGACAUAUGUAACUUCUACAUGCUAACUCUGGACAAGGAUCGAAUCAUCGAUGCUGGGCCUAAGGGGAACGAGGCUCGCUUCAUGAACCACUGCUGUCAGCCGAACUGUGAGACGCAGAAGUGGACAGUGAGCGGAGACACCCGGGUGGGACUGUUCGCUCUCGUUGACGUCGCUGCAGGCACAGAACUCACCUUCAACUACAACCUGGAGUGUUUGGGGAACGGGAAGACGGUCUGUAAAUGUGGAGCACCAAACUGCAGCGGCUUCCUAGGCGUCAGGCCAAAGAACAACCCUCCAUCUGACGAUAAAGGUCGUAAGCUGAAGAGGAGGGGCCACGGCAAGAGGAAGAACAAGGUGGUGGUUACCAAAGAACGGGAGGACGAGUGUUUCAGCUGCGGAGACGGAGGACAGAUGGUUUCCUGUAAGAGACCCGGCUGUCCCAAAGUUUACCACGCUGACUGCCUCAACCUCACCAAAAGGCCUGCAGGUCGUUGGGAAUGUCCGUGGCACCAGUGCGACAUAUGUGGUAAGGACGCGGCGUCCUUCUGCGAGAUGUGCCCCAGUUCCUACUGCAACCAGCACCGCGACGGCCUGCUCUUCAUCUCCAAGCUGGACGGCAAGCUGUGCUGCAGUGAACACGACCCCUGUGGGCCUGAACCGCUGGAGCCAGGGGAGAUCCGGGAGUACACACCCGAACCCAGAGCCCUGACCUCUGGGCUGGGCAUGGCCGUCAUCCCCUCUGCUGCUUCUAACACUACCACCAGUCAGAACCGGACCAGCAGGAGGGUCCAGGACAUCAGCACCGGCGCUGGCAUGUGUGCAUCCGAGUCACUUCCUGCCUUUUCCAUCCCGGUACCCAUCACUAUUCCUGUCGCCGCGCCUGCCACCUCACCUCCCCCCAGCAGCUCUGAUGCUCCCAGCAGCCCGCACGUGUUUGACCUCCCGCACUACUCGCCCAUCUCUUCGUAUGAGGAGGAGAGGGAUGUCUUAGAGGAGGAGGAGGAGGAGCUGCUGGCGGAAGUGGAGGAGGAGUCAGUGGAAGAGGGUGACGUGGGGAGACAGAAAUCAGAUCCUCACGAAGAGGAUGGAGAGGCGGUGAUGGAGGAGGUGGGGCUGGAAUACUUGGAGGAGGACGAGGAGGACGAGGACGAGGAGGAGGAGGAAGAGGAGGAGUGACGCACAGUGGAUUAUUAUUUACAGUGGCACAAUCAGGCAACAAGCCCUCACAGUCACUACAGUGGGGAAGUAAAUGAAGAUUAACCAAUCACAUUUACACAACUAGCCCAGUCUGUCACUGUUUGUAUCCAGUGAGCAGCUGGACGUAUGGAGGAAUUUUUUAGGACAAAACUAAAUCAACACAUAAAUAAAUUGUGAAGUUCAUGAAUAUAAAAAUAAACAUCAUAAAUACUGUAUAGAAUCGCAUAUACAUAGAUAUUAUUUAUUUAGUUUUGUCCUAGUUAUCACGCCGUUUCCCGGACUUCGGUACACACUUGCUGUAGAAAACGGCUCACGACACAGUGACUUUGCACACACUGGCGCUGACUGCACCUUGAUAUGGCAGAUCUAGACAAAGAAAAUCAUCUGGAACUGCUACGUAGAUCUUCAGAUUUGUAAACAUAUUUCACUCCGAUAUACUUGUUUUCUCACAUUUUGACCGGUUUCACCUGCUGGUUUGUUUUGGUAUUUCUUUCAGUAGUAUUCCAGGUGUCAUAUAUGUCAACAAGCUGACCUGCAGAAGCUUCACGUAAGUUGGAGACAGUUAUUGUAUCUGCAGCAUUACAGAGCCAAUGUGUGGGUGUUUCAUGCUAGAAAAGACUUCAGCCGGGUCUUCAGCCCCCGUAAAUGACUUUGACUUGGACAAACGGUGGCCACGUUUUCAUCGCUGCAGUUUGGGCGUGGCUGUGGUUACACAACUACCAGAAAAAACAUGAAUUUAUCCGUAAAUAAGCCAGUUUCAGUUCUCUGUCCCCUCUAGCGAUCACAACAUGAUCAAUGUUCCAAAUGAAACACAACCAGCCCCUAAUGAAGGAAUUUGUCCUUGUGGUCAGUGGACUUUGGUUACGUUUUUUGAAAAUCAGUUCAACGACGUAUAAUUAGGAUUUUACUGGACACAGGAGUCGUUGCUUCCAUUUACUCUCCGGUUCUUCUUGACGCCUCAUUAGAUCAUUAGAUGGUGCUUCAACAGUUGAGUGCUUCAAGAUCAGACCAUCUACGAAAAUGUGAUAGUGCCAGAUGAUUGGCUGCCUGGCGUAGCCUUACCAUGUUACCAUGAGUUCACACGACAAGGGACUUGAGAAAACUGUCGCUUUGUGGUUGUUGGUCACGACUGUUGAAAUAUCGCAGUCUGAUGUAAUGAAAUUUUUUAAAGUAGAUACUGAUAGUUUGGGACCGAAGCAGCCAGUAUCAGGAAGAAAUUUUCUCUAAAUUUGACCAUUUCAUGCCAAAAAAAAAAAAAAAAAGGAUCAGCGACUGACAAGGAUUCUGUGUUUGAAUGAGAAUAUCCCGCAUGUCAGGGUGGGAAAGCCACAGAGAAAAGUGUUUAUACCAUCAUGGGACACUAAAGCUAUCUCGUAGGUUAUUUAGCAGCUCCAUAAGGAGACAGGUUGGACUGCAGGUUUCACAGACGUCAUCUAACACUGGGCAACACAAAAGUCUUGCCCUCGUGGUCGCUGGUGGUCUGAAUGCAGAGAUAGCACCAAGUUUGCUCUAGUGUUUAUGCUGUGCUCUGUAGUCAUUAUUUAUAUACUGUUCUGUGACGCACAAAUUAUGACGAGGGAGAGUCGGGGGUGCUAGCCCCUCGUUCCCUCCUCAUCUUGACUCUCCGUCGAGGGGAAACAAAAGUCUUCGAUGCGAGACGCUUGAAUCGGCGGACUCCUGCCAUGAUGCUUGCACUUCAGUAUGUGUUCUUGCCACAUGUGUUUCGCUCUGUCUUCAAGCUUAAUAUUGUCUGUGUGUUAUCUGCCAAUGCCUUAGAGUGUAUUUCUUUGGAGAUAUUUUUAAGGAAUGGUUUGGCGCCUGUGAGAGCCAAGUGUCCCUACUAAUGCCUUUUUACAGUUGCCCAACAAGCAAUGUUUCAUUCCAGUGUAAUUAUGACCUGUUAGAUCUCAACCAUUGACCUGUUACAACAACUGCUAUAUAAAUAUAUAGGAAAAAGAAGUUAUGAAAUAA